GGUUAAGAAGAUUGUCGACCAAAUACAGAACAGAGAAGAUCUACCCAACAGCCACCGGAGAAAAAGAAGAAAAUGUUAAAAAGAAUAGAUAUAAGGACAUACUACCAUUUGAUCACAGCCGGGUUAAACUAACUUUAAAGACUCCUCCCCAAGAUUCAGAUUACAUCAAUGCAAACUUUAUUAAGGGAGUACAUGGGCCAAAAGCAUAUGUUGCUACCCAGGGGCCACUAGCAAAUACAGUAAUAGACUUCUGGCGGAUGAUAUGGGAGUACAACGUUGCUAUAAUAGUAAUGGCCUGUCGAGAGUUUGAAAUGGGAAGGAAAAAAUGUGAACGUUAUUGGCCUUUGUAUGGAGAAGCAACUGUAACUUUUGGACCAUUUCGUGUUUCUUGUGAAGCUGAGCAAGAAAGAACAGACUACUUCAUUAGAACAUUAUUACUUGAAUUUCAAAAUGAGACUCGUAGUGUCUAUCAGUUCCAUUAUGUUAACUGGCCUGACCAUGACGUCCCUUCAUCUUUUGAUUCUAUUCUGGACAUGAUCAGCUUGAUGCGAGAAUAUCAGGAACAUGAAGAUGUCCCAAUUUGUAUACACUGCAGUGCAGGGUGUGGAAGAACAGGAGCCAUCUGUGCCAUAGAUUAUACAUGGAAUUUGCUUAAAGCUGGGAAAAUACCUGAAGAAUUCAAUGUAUUUAAUUUAAUACAAGAAAUGAGGACACAAAGGCAUUCUGCAGUGCAGACAAAGGAGCAGUAUGAACUUGUUCAUCGAGCCAUAGCACAACUAUUUGAAAAACAACUGCAAAAAUAUGAAAGUAGUGCAGACUGGACAAUUGCAGAUGGAGUGGAUGAAAAUAAUACAGAGGAUGUUGUCAGUUCUUCAGAAGCAGAGAAACAGGAUUCUCCACCACCAAAACCUCCACGGACCCGCAGUUGCCUUGUAGAAGGAGAUGCUAAAGAAGAAAUCUUGCAGCCUCCAGAGCCUCAGCCAGUACCACCAAUCUUAACCCCAUCUCCUCCUUCAGCCUAUCCAACAGUGACUACCGUGUGGCAGGACAACGACAGGUACCACCCGAAGCCGGUGCUGCACAUGGUUCCAUCGGAGCACUCGCCAGACCUCAACGAGAACUACAACAAGGCAGCAGAGCCUGCGGGGAGGAGCGACGCCGGCGAGCGUGCGGAGAGGCGGCUGGAGCGCAACCUGAGCUUCGAGAUCAAGAAGGUCCCUCUCCAGGAGGGACCGCGCAGCUUCGAUGGGAACUCGCUGUUGAGCAGGGGCCACGCCGUCAAGGCGAAGCCUCUCUCAGCCUGUGGACCUGAUAAGAGCUGGAAGGCCCAGGAGCAGAUUUCGGGGGGUUCCUUUGCAGGUGCUGCUCAGGACUCGUGUGUGGAGUGCGACGUGCCCCAGGCCAGCACAGCCUCGAAGCUGCCGCCGGGCAGCCCUCCGAGCCCGCAGGCGGCAGCUCCACCCAGGCCCGAUCGGCUGCCACUGGUGGAAAAGGGACAAGCCAAGUGGUCGCUGCGUGGGCCUGACAAUGCCCCCCGCACACCAGACACGUCCCCGGACACCUUGUGUCACGGUGUAAGAACAGCCUCUCCAGCAUCACACCCCAUGGCCGAACUCCCCUGCGGUGAUCCAGCUGCUCCUUCUGCUCCUGCUCUUCGGGCACCCCUCUGUUUCACUAAUCCUCUGCACUCGGAUGACUCUGACACGGAUGAGAUAAACUUGGACGGAGCCAUGACCAAAAGUCCAUCCAAUAUUUCAACCGCAAGUGCCACCGUUUCUGCUGCCACUAACACUGAAAACAUUUCUGCCAGAAAAGUCUUGCCCAUGUCUAUUGCCCGGCAAGACUCGGGAGCCCUUCUGUGCUCUGAGGAUGGCCCAGAUGCUGAUACUAGUGAAGAUUCCUCUCCUCCGCUGCCAGAAAGAACGCCAGAAUCUUUUGUAUUAGCAACUGAACACAGUGAGUUGUUUCUUUAAGUUGUG